CUCCGUAUUAGUGAUUAAUAUAUUAUGGGACUCACUGUGCAAAAAGACUCACACACUUUGCUUUGCCCUUCAGACUAGAUCUACGAGUUACCAUUACGACUUGCCAAUUCCUCAAUCGUCCACAAAAACGUCUCACUUGCUUUACCUUCCCACAGACUAUAAGUUAAUUAAUAUCCCAUCAAAUCCUCCUUCUCCUCCUCCUCGUCAAUACCUACCACCGACUGCCCUCGGACGCAAAAAACCUUGCCCCUCCUCGGAACCCUCCCCCCCUCACGAUCUCGAAGUCUUGGUUGCACCUUUUUUGUGUUUGCGAAAAAACAAAACAUUUUCCAGAAGAACUUGACGAGCGCCGAAUAAAUCAUGGCUGUCCGAGCACAGUUUGAAAACUCCAACGAAGUCGGUGUCUUUGCGAACCUCACAAACUCCUACUGCCUCGUGGCCAUCGGGGCCUCGGAAAACUUUUACUCCAUCUUCGAAUCCGAACUGGCCGACCUCAUCCCCAUCGCCCACUGCACCAUCGCAGGCACGAGGAUCGUGGGUCGUCUGACGUCUGGGAACAAGAAUGGCCUGUUGGUGCCGACCUCGACGACGGACCAAGAGUUGCAACACUUGCGAAACACGUUACCGGACACGGUGAAGAUUGAGAGGAUAGAGGAAAGGUUGUCGGCCUUGGGGAAUGUCGUGGCCGCGAAUGACCAUGUCGCCCUCGUCCACCCCGACAUUGAACGAGAAACCGAGGAGAUCAUCGCAGAUGUCCUGGGAGUCGAGGUCUUCAGACAGACCAUCGCCGGCAAUGUCCUGACGGGUUCCUACAUGGCCCUAUCGAACCAGGGCGGCAUCGUCCACCCAAAGACGUCGAUCCAAGACCAAGACGAACUGAGUUCCUUGCUGCAGGUGCCGCUCGUGGCGGGCAGUGUCAACCGCGGAAGUUCCGUCGUCGGUGCGGGCAUGGUCGUCAACGACUGGCUCGCGGUCACGGGCAUGGACACCACGGCCACGGAACUGAGUGUCAUUGAAAGCGUCUUCAGACUUGGAGAGGGUGGUCCAGGUGGCGUGGACGCAAGAAUGAACGCGAACAAGGAGAGCAUUGUCGAGAGUUUCUACUAGGAAUCGCAUUGCUUGCAUUGCUUUGCAUCACGGCUUCUUCUCUACCUGCCUGCCAACCAGAGGGGUCUUCUCUCCAAUUGUUGCCCCAAAGCAUCUGUUUACUAGAAUCACACAUUCCUCGCAUCACGGCCUCUACCGCCCGUCCACCAGAGGGGUUUCUCCAUUGUUGCCCAAGGCAUCUGUCAUUGGCACAUCUCCCCCCUCAUCAUCCUCGGCCUGCGCUUGGGCAAGGACAUCGGCCAUGCUUCUGCCUUUGAAGUUGGUGUCGCCGUGGAUAUCUGUGUCCAGUUCCAUCUCCCCUUCGCCCUCGUGUCGACCCUCGCCUUCACCAUCUCGCGGCGUACUGGCUGGUGGUGUUUCGACCGGUGGCGCAGGCGGUGGCGGUGGCGGAGGUGGCGUGUCCGAGUCAGGUUUGAGGUUGGCCUUCUUGGAAGGUGAGCCUAUCGACUCGGACUCGUGGUCAUCUCUAGCAAGCGAAGCGGUUUCAUCCUCGGGGCGCUUGCGCUUAAGCGUGCCGUUGGCGGUUUCUUCAGAAGGUGUCUCGAUAUCUGGCGACGGUGGAACGUUGUCGUCCUCAGCAUCAGACAUCUUGACAUCUUCUAAACUCGGCUCGUCCAGCUUGGGCGAUUCUGUCGGCGAAGAGGCCGCUCCGGCUGCCUUCUUUCGCUUAUCGCGAGCAGCCUUUUCGGCUUCGUGCUUCUUGUGUUUUUGAUAGGCCUUUUCAAAGAAUUGUUUACAAAAUUCUUUGACUUUCUUCUGUUGCCGCUCGUCAAUCUUGGUCGGGUCAUUCACCCGGCCAGCCUUGUAAUCGGACGCGACGAGCUUUUUAGAGAUUUCUUUGCCGAAGCGCUUCAGGUCUUCUUUGGGGAUCUUGUGCUUGUACCUGCUCAUCACAUGCGAGAUGUGCGGGAAGAGCUGUGGCCAAAAAAAUGUCAGCAAUGAGUAUCUAGAUACGCAAGGAGAGACAGCUGAAGGAGGUCCUCCAAAAUGUUUUAGAACAAAAACAAAGAUUCCACUUACGGUAUUUUCGUACAAUUUCAUCUGCUUCUCUUCAUUGUACGACUUCCACCGCUCUUCCUUCUUGACCUUUGUCGCGGGCUCCGGGGUC